UUCUGUGUUAUAUCAACGAACUUUACCGUUUGGAGAUAAAAAGUUCGGAUUUUUAAUACUAAAGUUGUGAAUUUUAGAGGUGUUUAUUUCUGUUACGGUAAGAAAGAUGAGUUCCCGUGUGCUUCUUUGAUAUUUUUUUACUGGCCCAGUUGCUAAUUUUGUAAAACUUUAUCGGGUUUUUUUACUGGCCCGGUUGCUUCUUUGAUUUAUAGUUCUCAAAUUAACCUUUGGUUUUGAUGAUGAUACACUGAUGUACAAGGUUUGUAGAACAAUUUUGAUCAGUUCACUCAGAAAUACAGAAAUUAUUAAUGGUGCGGUGUUUAUGGAAAGCAAGGGCCAGGUUGCUAUCCCUGUGGUACCAGAAAAGUGCAGUUAGUGCCUUCGGGUAGCGUUGAUGUUUAGUUAUUCUCUUGAGAUAGAAAAGAUAAAGAUUGAAGGGAUAGAACAAACAUGUUUUUCUAUUGGUUUUGAAAAGGAAAUUCACUUUAAAAUUAUGCCUUUCAUGUUUUUAUUUCAUUCUUUUUCAACUAAAGAUGCUGUGUCUUUUCUGUAUAUAUUUAUUCUGUCAAAUGCAAUCUUAGAUAUGAAUUAUCUUGUCAGUGGCCCUGGCUAUGUUCUUACUUUUUUUUUCAUUAUUUUGUUUUUGUUGCAUUAAAUGGUUAAUUUAGUUGGAAGCUAAUUUUAAUUUUUUCUGAUGUACUAGAUUCAUACGAGGGUCUAUUCUAGAAUUUGUUUUAGAAAAUAUUUAACCUCAGUUAUUCAUAAACUAAUCUGAAGACAUGUAGGAAUCCCGUAUAUAUGGAGGUUUAUUGAAUUAAAUUAAAAUUAAAAAAACCUAAAAAACUAGAAGUGAAGGAGAAGUUCUUGUAUCCAGGAUUAGUGAAAUGAUAAAAUUUUCCUUGAUUAAAAAAAAAAUUUACAAAUUGUUUUUUAUAAAUUAUAAACGGUUAGAAUAGUGAUUUUAAUUUUUAUUGUGCAAUAAAAUUAUUAAUUUAACACUAGAAUAAAUUAAUAUAAUGUUUACUACCUGAGGAAAAGAUAGCAAUAAUAUUAAAAAUGAAGAGCAAAGCAUCUCUCAAAAGCCAUGAAAACCAACUGUGCAAGUCGGCUGUGCAAGCUAAAUUGCCUCUUGUCCUGUUUCCUGACUCUUUCCAAGCUGAUGACACACUAAGCUUAAAGGAAAAGCAGAGCAGGUUCUAAGCAUUAAAAGCAUCAAAAUGAUUCUUUGGGUGCGGCCGACAGCAUUAAGCCUAAAGGAAAAACAGAUGAUAGAAUGGGUAAAGCAGCUGAACAAGGCAUUUGGGGCUUCAUUUUUAUGGCUUAUUUGCUUGAUUCAUUUCACUCAGGGUUUUAGAUCCUUUGUAUGGACAGCAGUUUCGUAUCAGCUAAAAGACAAUCUUAAGCUGUCACCAUCAGCCUCACAAUUCGUGUCUUCAAUAGCAUUUUUCCCGUGGAGCAUAAAGCCAUUAUACGGAAUUUUGUCUGAUUGCAUCCCGAUAAAAGGAAGGAAAAGGAUACCAUACCUAGUAAUUGCAACUCUUCUCUCUCUAGUUCCCUGGCCUAUGCUAGGCAUAGAUUCCAACUUGAGGAGUUCCCAAUGGCAUCUCACAGUCCUCUUGACAGUGCAUAACCUGGGCUCUGCCAUGGCAGAUGUUGUGGUUGAUGCAAUGAUUGCUGAGGCAGUAAGAUCUGAGAGGGCAUCAUUUGCUGGAGAUCUGCAGUCCAUAACUUGGUUGUCAAUGGCUGUGGGUGGAAUUUGGGGCAGUUUGUUAGGAGGACAUGCAUUGACCAACUUACAAAUAGACAAGAUUUUCCUCCUUUUUUCUGUACUGCCAGCCAUACAGUUAUUAUCAUGUGGUUUGGUUGGGGAGAAUUCUGCAGACAGUAAAGUUUCUCAUGACUCUGCCAAUUCAAGCAACUCCCAUCCAGGGAAUGGGAAUGGUAAUAUUUUGGACCAAGAUAAUAUCUUGCUGAAGAAGUCCAGCGCAAGUGCUACAAGAAGAAAGAGGAGCCAAAAGAAUAGCAACAAGAGGGCAAGUAUGAGAACUAAAUCCCUGAUACCUGAGAAGGGCAAUUCCUUAAUAUCACGUUGGUUCCACUCUCUGAAAACAGCUACUUACAGUUUGUUACGUACUUUUAGGCAGCCAAUCAUUUUGAGACCAAUGGCUUGGUUUUUCCUAGCACAGAUUACUGUUCCAAACCUCUCAACAGUCAUGUUCUAUUACCAGACAGAGGUCUUGAACUUGGAUGGAUCCUUUUUGGGGACUGCACGUGUUGUUGGAUGGUUAGGCCUCAUGCUAGGAACCUUCACGUACAAUCGCUACUUAAAAACCAUGAAACUACGGAAGAUUCUCUUGUGGGCUCAUGUUGGGCUGUCUUUGUUGACCCUCCUAGAUGUAAUUUUAGUGUCUCGAUUGAAUCUUGCCUAUGGAGUUUCAGAUAAGAUCAUGGUUGUCUCAGGAUCUGCCCUUGCCGACGCUGUUAAUCAAUUCAAGUUAAUGCCAUUCCUUAUAUUAUCUGGGCAGUUAUGUCCGCCAGGAAUUGAAGGAACACUAUUUGCCCUCUUUAUGUCUAUAAACAACUUAGGUUCCACACUGGGAUCUUUUGUGGGUGCAGGGUUGGCCUCAGUUUUGAACCUCUCCUCGGGAUCUUUUGACAACCUUGGUUUGGGCAUUGCUAUGCAAGUCCUGUGCACUUUCAUUCCAAUUGCUUUUCUAUUUUUGAUACCAAAAGAAGCCACAGGGAUAUCAGCAUAGGCAGGGAUGAUUCAUUUGCCUGAUACAAGAAGUUACUCACUUAGUAACGGCAAAAUGAGCAGAAACAUUGCUACUGAAUUUAUUUUGUCACUGUCAAGUAGUAGCUGGAAUAUACGAAAUGCACUCUUGAGGAUUGAAAGAAAUGGGUGCCUUUGAUUUAUAGUUCGAUACACUAAUGUACAAGGUUUGUAGAACAAUUUUUCUCAGUUCAAUCAGAAAUACAGAAAUUAUUACUGGUGCA